ACGAAAAAACUGAAGCAGAAAAAAAGGAUGAAAUAUGUUUCGAAGAUGCUUGUCUGAUGUAUUUGUUUCAAAUCAAUUUUGAAAAUGGAUGAAAACGAGAGAUCGACCCUAGGGUUUUCAGUCAAGAAAGAAGAAAUAACGAUAGAACAUAAUGAUUCGAAAGAAUUUCCACUAUCGUAUGAAUGUGCGGACACGACGAAAACAGUGAAUACUGAAACGAAAUCGGAAGAUUCGAGUUUUUCCCUCGACGAAAGCGAUUUCCCACAGAUAUCGAGCGACGAUGAAAGUUCGGGAUCAACGUUUUCCUGUCGGUUCUGCGAAUUCAAAACAAAGUACAAGGGUAACUUGAAGCAGCACGCAAACUCUAAACAUUUGGGAAAACUGGAUCUGUGCCAAUUCUGCGGAAGGAGAUACAAGGACCGCAGUAACUUGAACAGACACAUUCGAAUAGCACACAAGCACUUGAAGAGCCAUAAAAGAUCGCUCCAAUAUCUCAAGAUUCAUAAUUGUAUCUACUGUGAUUUUACCACGACUAGGAAAGAAAACCUUCAGUCACACACGAACUCGUUACACACUCUCGAGAACGUUUUCCCAUGCGAAAUUUGCAGUUACGUCGGAACCCGGAUAGAUUCCUACAGGAGACAUGUGCAGGCCAUGCACGAGACCAAGAUCAAAAGUUACAAGUGCAGCCGGUGCGAUUUCAGCACACCCCGAAGGGAUUUCCACGACGCACAUUUUCAGGAGGAACACGCCAGUAACGAAAAGACUUUUCCGUGCCAGUUCUGCCACUACCGAGCCACCUUUCCUUGCAAUCUUAAACGGCACAUAAUGAGGAAACACUCUUCUUAAACUACCGUUCAUUUUUUGUGUGGAUUUCCUGUUGAGUUUAUUGAUGUUGUAUUAGGUUUUAUCCAGAAUAAAGUUGAUAUUUUUU